AUGGCUCUGGCUACGAGGAACCCGUCUGUCGUCUCGCUGGCCCGCCCGCGGUGCAGGAGCUCCCUGAUUACGAACACGGGGGAGCGCGGGGUGCCGCGGGCCUUCCCCGCGCCCCGGGGAGCGCCCCGCCUCGGGGCUGUAGCUCACAUUAUUUUACUGGACUCCAAGGAGUCCCAGGCAGAGCUGGGCUGGACCUCGCACCCAUCAAACGGGUGGGAGGAGAUCAGCGGCGUGGAUGAAAACUAUAAGCCGAUCCGCACCUACCAGGUCUGCAAUGUCAUGGAAGCAAACCAGAACAACUGGCUGCAGACGGGCUGGAUCGCACGCCGUGACGGGCAGCGGAUCUUCAUUGAGCUGAAGUUCACCCUGCGGGACUGCAACAGCAUCCCCGGUGUGGCGGGGACCUGCAAGGAGACCUUCAACCUGUACUACGCAGAGGCAGACGCCGACCUGGGCCACAGCCUGCGCGAGAGCAAGCACACCAAGAUCGACACCAUUGCUGCCGAUGAGAGCUUCACACAGGGUGACCUGGGUGAGCGCAAGAUGAAGCUGAACACGGAGCUGCGGGAGAUCGGGCACCUCACCAAGCGUGGCUUCCACCUGGGCUUCCAGGACGUGGGCGCCUGCGUGGCCCUGGUGUCUGUGAGGGUCUAUUACAAAAAGUGCCUCUCCACGGUGCAGAACCUGGCCGUGUUCCCCGACACCGUGGCCGAGGCUGCAUUCGCCACCCUGGUCGAAGUGAAGGGCGCCUGUGUCAACCAUUCCGAAGUGGACCUGGAUAACCCUCCCCGGAUGCACUGUAGCGCGGAGGGGGAGUGGUUGGUGCCCAUUGGGAAGUGUACGUGCAGCGCCGGCUUCGAAGAGAAGGACGGCGGGUGUGAAG